AUGAAUGACCAUUCCAUCUUUCUUGACCAGGUGAUUGGCUACAUACCCAUUCCGCUGGGAAAGGUGGGACCUCUAUUGUUGGAUGGACAGGAGCACUAUCUUCCCCUGGCUACCACUGAGGGUUGUCUAAUUGCUAGCACCAACCGCGGUUGCCGAGCCCUUUACCUUUCAGGUGGUGUACGAACUGCUCUCUUCAGGGAUCAAAUGACACGCGCUCCCGUGGUAGCUUUUCCAUCAGUUGGUGAGGUAGUGAAGUGCAUUGCCUGGGUCGAGUCGCCACAGGGCUUUCAGCUUUUGCGUGAGGCUUUCAAUGAGACUAGUUCACAUGCCGAACUUGUCUCUGUCUUUCCCAGCCCUGUGGGCCGCUAUCUCCACCUGCGUUUCGCCGCGCAGACCGGGGAAGCGAUGGGGAUGAACAUGGUCAGCAAAGGUACUGAUCGAGCCCUUCGGUGUCUCUGCAAACACUUUCCACGUAUGCAGGUGAUAUCCCUCAGCGGUAAUAUGUGCGCGGACAAGAAGCCAGCGGUUGUGAAUCAACUGCUGGGUCGGGGUAAGUCGGUUUUGGCAGAGGCGCGACUUCCAGGUUGGGUGGUGUCUCGAGUUUUCCACACUGAGCCAAUACGAAUGUCGCGGUUGGCAAGCCUCAAGCACUGGACAGGCUCCGCGAUGGCUGGUGCUUCCGGCAUGGCUGGUUGUAAUGCCCAUGCCGCCAAUCUCGUGGCUGCCAUCUUCGCGGCUACUGGACAAGACCUCGCUCAGGUACCCUUCAAAUCCCAGAAAGGGGCAAAUGAUAUUAAUUGGCCAGAUGAAACAGAUGUUCUUGUUUAG